AUGGCACCCGGCGAGUCGAAAGAUGAGCGCGACGAACGAGUUGCUCGGCUCUGGAAAACGUUGGAUACGCGCAAAGAGGGCCACAUCGAUCUUAACGGCCUGAAGAAAGGGCUGAAGAAGAUCGACCACCCCUUGAAAAAUGCAGAUGGCAUGCUCCGCAGCAUCUUGCGCGAAGUUGAUACCAACGGCGAUGGCCGCAUAGACUAUGACGAGUUCCAAGCUUUCAUCAACCAGACCGAGUCGGGCCUAUGGCAGAUGUUCCAGAGCAUCGAUCACAACCACAACGGAGAAAUCGACAAAACUGAGCUGCGCAAUGCGUUUUCGAAAUCGGGCGUGACGGUAUCGACUUCGAAUCUAGACGAAUUUUUCGCAGACGUGGACAAAAACAAUGACGGGGUGAUCUCUUACGCGGAAUGGAGGGACUUCCUUCUCUUCCUACCACUCCAAUCUCCCGCCGACCUUCACGCUGUUCUAUCUUACUACACUGCUACGGGCAAUCUAAACCCGGAAGGAGAUGUGCACAUCAAUGACCUGCAGGGUUUAGGUACAGACCUCUCAUUUCUUAACUAUCUUCCUGUCGCCAAGACCCUCUUGUACCAUUUCCUUUCCCUGCCUAUCCUGGCCUCCCUCCUUUCGUCAGCCGACGCGCAAACCAGCCCAGCCGCAGAGUUGUCACCAAUCCUCGGGAAGGACUUGGCUUUGUCAGACGCUGACUUAGAGCUGGAGUGGCUGCCCAUUCCCAAGACUACCGCCAUGUGGAUGUCGUUCAGCUAUUAUAAACGGAGAUUGACCGAGAAUACCCCCAAAUUAGGUUACUUCGUUGCAGGCGGUAUCGCUGGCGUUGUGUCCAGGACGGCCACUGCGCCUCUUGACCGUCUCAAAGUUUAUCUCAUUGCCAAGACUGGUGUAACGAAACACGCUGUCCGCGCCGCAAAAGAUGGUGCCCCCCUGGCUGCCGCGGGGACCGCUUCGAAAACUCUGGUCGUUGCGCUGAAGGAACUCUGGAAAGCCGGUGGAAUUCGCAGCUUGUUUGCAGGAAAUGGCUUGAAUGUUGUGAAGGUCAUGCCAGAGUCUGCCAUCAAGUUUGGAGCUUACGAGUCCGCCAAACGUGCCUUUGCCCAAUUCGAAGGCCAUGACGAUCCCAAGCGACUCAGACCAACCUCGCAAUUUUUGUCCGGUGGUAUUGGUGGAAUGGUAGCUCAAUGCUUCGUUUACCCGCUUGAUACUUUGAAAUUCCGCAUGCAAUGUUCAACCGUCGAAGGUGGUUUGAAGGGAAAUAAGCUUAUCGCCGCAACUGCGAGAAAAGUUUGGAACGCCAAUGGAUUGUUCGGGUUCUUCCGCGGUCUCCCUCUUGGUCUGAUCGGCAUGUUUCCGUAUGCGGCAAUUGAUCUUACAACCUUUGAAUACCUCAAACGAGCUCUCCUUGCCCGACAAGCACGUUUGAACAACUGUCACGAAGAUGACAUACCUCUCAACAACUUCGUCACUGGCGCCAUCGGAGCUCUCAGUGGAGGUCUGAGUGCCUCAGUCGUUUAUCCGCUGAACGUUCUCCGUACCCGACUACAAGCCCAAGGCACCGUCUUACAUCCUGCUACCUACAACGGCAUUGGUGAUGUUCUACGCAGAACUCUCGAAACCGAGGGGCCCCGCGGUCUCUACAAGGGACUCACCCCUAACCUCCUCAAAGUCGCACCGGCAGUGUCCAUCAGCUACGUGGUCUACGAGAACUCGAAGCGAUUCCUCGCCUUAAAAUGA